GGCAGGCUCCGGUCAGGGAUGGCGGUGUGCGCCCGGCUGUGCGGGGUGGGUCAGGCCGGGGGAUGCCGGCGGAGGGCCCCGGUGGAGGAGGAGGAAGAGGAGGAGGUCCGGGUGGAGGAGGCCCCCCGCUCCUUGCUGCAGCUGCCGCCGGAGAUCCUAGUGGAGAUCUUCUCCUGCCUGCCCGGGACACAGCUGCCCCUCCUGGCACUGGGUGUGCCGCAAAUUCCGCCAGAUCCUCUCCACCGACACCAUUUGGAGGAGGCGCUGCAGGACAGAAUAUGGGGUGCAGGAAAACCUGCGCAAGAUGGAGGUGACGGGAGUCUCCUGCCGAGAAGUCUACGUGAAACAUCUAACUCAGCACGGCUGUAAUGUUGCGAUGAGGAAAUGUUCGGUGAUGUUACCAUUGUUCAUUUGUAUUUUUUUAAUUCAGUGCUCCACCAAUAUCGGGACAUUUUAGGCUUGUGGCAGCCCGACCUCGGCCCGUAUGGAGGACUUCUCAAUGUGGUGGUGGAUGGAUUCUUCAUCAUCGGCUGGAUGUACCUACCUCCUCACGAUCCACACGUGGACGAACCCAUGAGGCUGAAACCCGUAUUCCGGAUCCACCUAAUGGAGAAGAAAACUGCCACUGUGGAGUGCAUGUACGGCCCCAAGGGGCCCCACAAUGGGCAGAUACAAAUGGUGAAGAAGGAUGAGUUCUGUACAAAUGCCUUCAGACAGAUUACCACCGGAUGUCCGGAGGGCGGCAGGAGGAAUUUCGCACGUGGCUGCGAGAUGACUUGGGGAGGACACUGGACGAUAUUUUCCAUGAACACAUGCAGGAGCUGAUCCUGAUGAAAUUCAUCUAUAUCUGCCAAUAUGACAAUUGCCUUACUUAUCGCCGGAUAUAUCACCCACCUAGCCGGCCGGAUGAUCUGGUAAAGCCUGGCUUUUUCAAGGGCACAUAUGGAAGCCACGGCCUAGAGAUAGUCAUGCUGAGUUUCCAUGGGAUGACCGCCAAGGCCACGAAAAUAACAGGAGAUCCCAAUGUCCCAGCCGGACAGCCGACACUAGAAGUAGACCUGACCCGACCGGUGCGCCUUCCCAGCAUAGAGCAGUUACGUAAUUUCUCUGAACUGUCGCGACUCAUCUUGGACAUCCGGAACCUGAUCAGUAGGGAGCAGCGGCUGGCAGGAGGUGUGGAGGAUGCUGGAAGCAGCAGCAGGGUGGAAUCUGCACAGGCACCAUCACCUGUUGCCAGUGCGGAAGAGAGCGCCGCCAAUGGACUCGACGCCAGCGAAAACGGGGAGCAGCAACCUCAGGAUCUGCAAGCAUUUGCCCUCCCGGAGGAGGUGAUGGCACGGAAUGAAGAUUACCCCCGCAGCUGUAGAGUUUGCUAUUACGGAACUGGGCUCAUAGCCGGCCAUGGAUUCAGCAGCCCGGAGAGGACACCCGGCCUCUUCAUCCUCUUUGACGACAACCGCUUCGGAUUCAUAUGGCUGGAGCUAAAAUCCUUCAGCCUGUACAGCCGCAUGACGGACAGGUUUCAGAACUCUCAGCCACCAUCGCCAGAGGCCUUUGAUGAAAUGCUGCGAGCUAUGCAACUAUGGACAACCUAG